AAACUGUAUCAACAACAUAUCGGAAAACUCAUAAAAUUUACAAAUACAAAGCAAAUGUGACUAUACACACUACUGGAGAAUUAUUGUCAAAGUCACUUGAAGAGUUUCUUAAUUUAGGUUGUAAGAGCAAUAUGCAAUGUGCGUUCAGACCAGAACGAGAACCAAACACACUUCCUUAUAAAUAUGAAUUCACAUAUAAUGAUAAACCUAUACAAAAAACAGAUACACUUGAAAAAUUAGGAAUUAAGAUAUGUAUUA